CCGUUCGCGGUUGGGGUGCGUCCUAACGCUGAGCAGGCCCGAGACCUGGGAGCUGGAAGGCCGCUGUGCCUGCUGUUCCGAGGCGAGUGUCAGGCUCGGCGUGGGCGCCAUCCGACCUGACUCUUCGCCAACGGACUCCUUUGGCUGCAGCCACGUUGAUGGUUCCGAUUCAGGUUCCACAUUCAGAAGAACCAUGUAUGGACUCUUCACUGGGGCCUGUGACCUUUGAGGAUGUGGCUGUGUACUUUUCCCAGGAGGAAUGGAGGAUCCUUGAUGAGACCCAGAGACACCUAUACUGCUAUGUCAUGCUGGAGACCUUUGCACUGGUUGCGUCCUUGGGUUGUUGGCAGAGAGCAGAGGUGAAGGAGAAAACUUCUGAGCAGAAUGCUUCUGUAGAAGUGCCACAGGUAAUUACUUCACAGAUAGACCUGUCCAUCCAGAAGGCCUGUCCCUGGGAGAUGGGUAACCUGGAUGUAGAAGGUGGGCUGCAUCUCGCUGAGGACCUGGGAGUAAACCCUGUCCAGACACUGUGUAGGGCACGUAUGAAAUUUCAGCAGCACAGUGGAGAGAAACUCUUUAGAAGAGACAUGGGUAAGGCCUUUAUGAAGACUCGUACCGUUCAUACAACCAAGAAGUCUUUCCCAUGCCAGGAGCCUGGGAAGGAUUUCCCUGUUAGCUUUGAUCUUCUCCAGUACCAGGUCACUCCACAAGAGGACACCGAGUGUGUGGAGGCCUCUCACAAUGGACUGAGGCACUAUAAGUGCAGUGAAUGUGGGAAAACCUUCUGCCGCAAGUACAGGCUUGCUCAGCACCAGAGAGUCCACACUGGAGAGAGGCCGUAUGAAUGUAGUGAAUGUGGAAAAACCUUCAGCUAUAAACACAUACUUGUUCAGCACCGGAGAGUCCACACUGGAGAAAGGCCUUAUGAGUGCAGGGAAUGUGGGAAAGCUUUUAGCAACAAACCCACACUUGUUAGGCACCAGCGAAUUCACACUGGAGAAAAGCCUUAUGAGUGUAGUGAAUGUGGGAAAUUCUUUAGCCAAAGCUCCAGCCUUAGUGAACAUCAGAGAAUUCACACUGGAGCACGGCCUUAUAAAUGCAAUGAAUGUGGAAAAUUCUUUACAUCCAACUCCAAUCUAAUUAAACACAGGCGGGUUCACACAGGCACAAGGCCUUAUGAGUGCAGUGAAUGUGGGAAAUUUUUUAACCAAAGUCCCAGCCUCAUUAAACAUCAGAGGAUCCACACUGGGGAAAGGCCAUAUGAAUGUAGUGAGUGUGGAAAAGUUUUUAGCCAAAGCUCUACUCUCAUCAAGCACCAGAGAGUUCACACUGGAGCAAGGCCUUAUAAAUGCACUGAAUGUGGAAAACUUUUUAGCCAAAGCUUUGGCCUCACUCAACACCAGAGAAUUCAUACUGGAGAAAGACCAUACGAGUGCACUGAAUGUGGAGAAUUCUUUAGCCAAAGCACCCAGCUUACUCAACACCGAAAAAUUCACACCAGAGCAGGGCCUCUCGAGUGCAGCAGAUAUGGAAAAGUCUUUAGUCAAAGGUCUACUCUGAUUGAGCACCAGGAACAUCACAGCCCAGACAGACCCUAUGAGUGCAGUGAGUGUAAGAAAGCUUUCAGCCGAAGAUCUAACCUUCUUCGUCACCAGAAAGUUCAUACGGGACAAAGACCUUCAAAUGAGAUGAGCAGAGAAGCAAAUAAUGAACUGUCUCCUUAGCUAAUACAUCUUACUGAACAGGCUCUGUGAGGGACUCAUCAACUGGAAGUUGAAUGCCACCCAUCUGCACAGUCCUAGUGUGGAGAUUACCUGUGGGUACCCGAUUCGUUGGAAGCUUUUAAGGAGCUGUGCUGUACUUUCUGAUCUGCCCAUGGCCCUUCCCAGACUUCAUGUCACUGUGAGUUUCUGUGGUAAAAAUCAUCUUAUUUCUACCAACUGGUGGUCAUCUCAGUGUGAACAAAGCUGGGUAGACCUUUACGCUCAUGCAUUCUCUGGAGGAAAGCUUGGGUAGCCUGAGCUUGGAUGUUAUUCUGUUACGUCUGACUGACUAGAACAUU